AUGAGAAGGUACAGGGGUGAUUCAGGCGGCGGUCGCGGCGCAUACGGUAGCGCCGCAGCUCAAAUGAAUCAGCAGCAGCAGCAAAACAGGUCUGGAUAUUACCAAGGACGCCACCAAGAGCAGCAGGAGAAGGACCCUAAUCAUCAUCAUAACCAAUGGCGAUGGGAGAGAGAUGGCGGUCACAAUAAAUUGCCUAUGAAUUCCAUGUCACCCCAUGCAUCAUUGGACGAAGGUCAAGGAUAUCAAGCACCUAGAUCCUAUUACCAAGAUCAGAGGCCAGAACCUCAGAUGCCAUUAGAAAAACAAAGUAGUGAUCCCAGACAUCAGCCUCGCAAAGAGGAUAUGGACAUAGGUUAUGAAGAUAAUCGCAUAUCACAGACUUUUGAAGGUCUUGAGCAGAGAUUCCUUGAUGACAUCAUGAAACUGAGUAAGGAACAAACUGAUGCAGAGGAUGUCGAAAAUGCUAGGCAUCAGGAGAGAAUAAACACAAUCAACAUACAAUAUCAAGAGCAGCUAGCUGCACUUCGAGCUCGACAUGCCACUCGAAGGAACGAGGUUCUUCGGAGGGAGUCCCGUGCAAGGCAACAGCAAUACCAGCAGGCAGCAAUGGACCAAUAUCCGAACAGUCACAUGGGCACUAGUGAUCCUCAUGGGGAACGAAGUCGGUUUUCAGGCAGUGCUAGGGAUCAGGGAUUUGAGCCUAAAGUUCAAUACCCAGGAGGCCGGAUUUAUGACACUGAUUCCCGCCAUUAUUGA